UCCAACCGCAUCGACUAGCCUCAUACCGGAAAGACUCCUGUGAUCUUCUUCUCCCCUGCGAUAUUUUCCGACCGAUAAACUUGGAGUUAGACCCGUGUCGAGGAGAUAAGGAAAUGGAGAGCUCCGGAUUCUCAUGGAAGCUGGCGGAUCACCCGAAGCUGCCCAAGGGGAAGACCAUCACCAUGGUUGUCCUGGACGGGUGGGGGGAGGCCAAGCACCCGUACAACUGCAUCCGCAUCGCCGAGACCCCCACCAUGGACUCGCUCAAGGAGGCAACGGCCGGCCACCGACCAGCGACAGGCCAGGCGAGGCUCGAGCUCGCCGGCAGGUCGCCGACAACUGGCGAGGAAGCCUCGCCGGAUCUAGUGAGACUCGAGCUCGCUGGCAUCGAGUGAGGCCUCGGCCUCGAUUAGCUAUCAUCUUCCCCGAUUUUGCUUCACUCCUACGCGGCUCCGGCUCUGGCUCCAAGGUUUGAUCUUUCCGCUUCUCUCUUUCUCUCUCUGUUCAUGCGCAUCGUCUGCGAUCGCGCUCCAAAAGUGAUGCCGUCACCAUUCGUUUAAUAGGCUUCGCUGCUUCGUCAUCUCUUGCCGACGGACUGUGAGGAUGUCUGCAACUACGAUGACGGG